AACAGUGCUCCGGCAACAAUGAGGGAAGGAAUUAUCACAGUUAAUGGUCUAAGUUUUCUACUGUGAGCUAGUUCUCUCUCUCAUCCCUCCUUCAUCUUUUCCCCCUCUUUCUCUUCUCUCAUCCUCCCCUCUCCCCAUGCAGGUGCAAAGGCGAGCCCUUCACCAUUAGAAAUUAUGUCUGCAUUUCUUCCUUCAUUCCUGAACAUGUCAUGGCUAGAUCAGCAAGGAGCUGUCGGAUAAGUACGAGCGGAUGGUGAACCCGGAGAAGGCCCUGGAGGACUCCAAGACCCCGCUGUUCAAAGAGGAACCCAUGAGUGAUGUUGCCUUCCGUCAGUGAGGAGCCUAAGGUGUACCUGGGCUCCGGGGAGCAGACACUCCCCAUGGGGAUUCUGGGGGCCCCUCAACGAGAGUCAGUCUGGCAGUGGAGAGCCAAAAGCUCCCCCUUGUGGCACCUGUCGCAGGUGAAGAUGGUGCCCCAGGACAGCAAGGAGGGCCAGGUGUCAGGCCAAAGCGCCCUUGGGGCAUCGUGUUCGAGGAGGGGGAGCCCCAUGUCUACCAUGAGCGAGGCAGACAGCAUGGUGCCCUCGCCCAAAGGGGUGGUGUCAGACGGCAGCAACUCGCCCUAUGCCCUCAUGGGCACGUCGGCAGUCUUCAACCAGAGGCCCAGGAAGAGAGUGAAGAUGUGAGGAGCCUCUCAGACUUGCGACAGCUAUUUUUCCAUCAAGGUAACAUGGGCACAUAGAAAGUGAUGAUACAAAACAUUGCAAAGUUCCAAACUGAUUCCUAUGCUCUUCUCCAUUUUCGCGGAACAGAUCUGAAAUGAUUGGAUGGGACAUGUUCUCACUCGAUGAACUGAUGCUGUAGACAUAAGACAUUGCAAUUUCAUUCCUUAUAGUGUUUUAUGAUUAUGUAUAUAGAAAAUAUGAACUCAGAUAAAUGCUUUCUUUGAGACGGUGUUAAUGUCAAAAUGAAUAAAUGCCCUCUUUUGGAUG